AUGAAGACUAGAUCUUGUGGCAGAAAUGGCCAACAACGGCACAGCUACCGCUUACCGCCACCAGAGGGCCGAAGGGCCAGCGACAGUUCUUGCCAUUGGCAAAGCUACUCCCCCAGGGAUUAUCCUCAAAGCGAAUAUCCGGACUUCUUCUUCAAUAUCACCAACACCAAUGACAAGACUCAUCUCAAAGCCAAAUUCGCCCGGAUAUGCAAUAAUUCAAGAAUCAACACGAGGUACUUCCAUUGCACCGAAGACGUUAUGAAGGCCAAUCCUUCAAUGUGCACGUACCUGGAACCUUCAUUCGAUGUUCGAGUGAAGGUUCCAGGGUGCAAAUGCAAGAAUUCACAGGGUGUGAGAGAAUUCACAGGAUGGACCACCGAAUUCCAGGGUGCAAGUGCAAGUAUUUAUUUGCACUUGCAUGAAGGAAUUGUUUGA